CUAAAUGAUGCUGAGUGGACAUUUCAUGUUUUUUGUUUUGCUUUGUCUUAAGGUUUCUAGUCUUAACCAAGUUCCAGUAAUGCUGUUUCAGUGGUUAACAUGCCUGAAGAGAUUGGGUUAAUAUGAUAAAGCUGGGAGAGGUCAAACAUCCAGGCUAUCCAAUCGAAUCUCCAAUUGUAAGGCAACCACACUAAUCACUUUAUGCAAUCCAGAUCCCUGUAUGUCAGUCAACAAGCGUUAGUAUCAGUUCAGUUAUCCACAGAGCAAACAGCCCCAAAUAGCUCAAGCCCAUGAACUGAUUGUCUGUGCAUUUGGGCCUACAUUGUUGCCAUGGCAAUUCUGUGAUGCUAGGAGUCCUGCUAAAAUGAUGUCACAACCAAGUGGAACGUUCAGAGUGCAGACACAGGCUUAUGUCCAAAGUCAAAGACAGAAAUGGUUGAACUGGAUCCGUACUGUGGUACGGGCCCUGUUGCCACUGCUAAAAUCCACCUUUUUCUCGUGAUCUUACUUGUGUUCUUUAUGCAAGUUGGUCACGUCAGCCAUAAGUUGGAUGCAGCACCUGUAGGGAACAGGAUGCAGUUGGAUGCAGCAGCCGCAGGAAAUUGCCCCAACCCAUGCCAUUGCACCGUGGAAGUUCUCAACUGUAGCAGAGUCACCAGCUCUCCUGGACUCCACCAUGUGCCCGUUCCCAAGACAGCUGCUCAUGCCUAUGUUUUCUUCUUCUUGGAUUUCACAGGGAAUGCAAUUUCUUCCAUUGGAAAGCAGGUGUGGAAGGCCUAUCCUUGGGCCGAGUACUUGAUUUUCAAGGGCAACAGUUUGACCAAACUUCAGAAUACUUCUCUGGAGGGCUUGCUUUCACUUACACAUCUGGACCUGUCUUGUAAUAAAAUCCAGACCAUUGAGACGAAUGCAUUUGAAGCUGUCCCGUUUGUGCAGUAUAUAGACCUCAGCAGCAAUCUUAUUGAGAAGCUCACUCCUGGGACGUUCAAGGCCUGGCAUGGAAUGCAGUUUUUGCUCAAGAUGGUUCUCAACCAUAAUCCGCUGAAAGUCAUUGAUGAUACCUGUUUUUACAAGCUUCCCUCACUGAAGCUUCUAGACCUUAGUUCCACAGAAAUGACCCCAAAGAUAUUGGAGGACCUGCUCCAGACCUCCCAGCAAUUGAAGACUCUCAUCUUGCCUAACAAGAUGUCCUGCUGUCUUUGCGGUAUGAAGGAUGACAUUGAAGUAUUGUCUGAUACAAUUAAGUUGGACUGCACCGACACAUGUACCACGAACGAAACUCUCUGCGAGAAAGAUGAGGCUUUGAAUAAGAUGCAAAAAGAAGUAAUGAAGGCGUUGGAAAUCAGGAAGCUGAAUGCCAGCGGUAUAUUGAACAUUGUGCCUGAGAAACUUUUACACAGCAACAUAACAAUGAAGGUCACUGUGAGCCAGAGAAACACCAGUUUAGGUGAACUCAACCCACACCUUUUGAAAUCGGUCCAGGAAUUAGGUAAGCUGAAACCUGAAGAGGUCCUGCAAAUCAAGUGGAAUGACAAGACUGAACUGAAAAAGCUGUACAUGCUGGCCAAUUUGCUACAGAUGGCACUCAGAGAACAAGUUACAGAAGAUAAAAGGGGCAGGCAAGGGGGACCUCGCCAAGUAGCACACCGGUCUGCUUGGAAGCGGUCUGUUAUGCAGUCCACAACUAGCUUCCCCUUGUUGACAGCUUCCAUCAUGGUAGAUAAUGACGCUGCUGACUUGACUGGCCGAGUACUUAUCAUUCUGAAACAUGUCAAUGAGUCAAGCCAGCAAAACCGCUCUCUGCAUGAGGAAGAAACAGCGGCUCCCAGUACCACUACCACCACAACUACUACCACCACUACCACCACCACUACUACCACCACUACUACCACUAGCACCACUAGUCAGAGUUCGCUGCUGGAGGGUACGUUCGGCUCUUCCCAAAAUGAACCUAGUGAAGGAAACUCAGAGCAGACAUCAGAGAAUGCACCAUUAAUGGCAAAGGAAGCGCUGCUCAACCAGCUCAUGCAUGGAACUCAGGAAGGUGGUGUGCCCCAAAUCCCAGGAGAUAAUGCAGAGGCACCCCAAAUCCCAGGAGAUGACACAGAGGCCUCCUUAAAUGAAAUCUCCCCUGACAUAACAUUGUCCCAUGAGACACACUGGGAGCAUCAUGAAGUGAAGACCACUGCUCAUCACAAGCUGAACAUCUUGCCCACUGAUGAUGACUACUUGCUUCAAGGGGACCUUUUUGAAGCUGAGCUGAACAAGCGGCUAUCGCCCCUUAUCCCAAACACACCAGUGAGGAACCUCAUAUCCCACACACUCCGUAUCCUCAAAAUGGACUGCACAGAGUUCAAGGUCCAGCUGGCCUGUGCUAAGCUAAUCUCCAGAACAGGUCUCCUCAUGAAACUCUUCAGUGAGAGAGAAAACGUCAAGGAUACUUCUGCCCCGUGGAAGUCAUACUUCUUGUCUGUGAAGAAUGUCUCCAACUUGACCACAGGAAGUCCAAGAAAACUGGGGACACCUGAGACUCCAAGCCAGGGAAUCCCAGAAUCUGGCUAUGGCAAAAAGCUGUUGUUUGCUAUUUCAGUGACUGCAGUGAUAAUGAUUAUCAUUUCAGUAAUUUGCUUGAUUGAGAUCUGCUCGCAGCGUUCUGCAGCUAAGGAUGGCACCCCUCAAGAAAAACGGACCUUUCUGGGCAGAAAAAAGAAAGGUGCAGAACAGUCUUACAGUGCAGGUUCUUCAGUGCUUGAUAAGCCUCUUUGGCUCAAGGAUAUGUACCAGCCUCUGGAUGACGCACAGAAAAAGAGCAUGGUGGACAAAAUGCAUGACGAAGAAUCCUCAGAAGAUGAGGAUAUAUUCAGCUGGGCAAGAGCACCAGGAGCGCCACCAAACCCGCCAGGUCCACCAAGCCCACCACCGCUAGAACAACCGCCUUCAAGAAGGCCCAGCUCAAGAAAAAUGUCACAAAUGACUGCACCGUCCCCUGCUAGAAAGCCCAGUUCGAAGACACUGUCUGCACAUCCGUCCCACUUUGCACCUCAAUCCGCACCUCCAUCUGUGCCUCCAUCAAUGCCCAUGUAUAUGGCUCCGUAUAUACCUCCAUCCGUACCUCCAUCUGUACCUCCAUCCGUACCUCCAUAUAUAACUCCGUACGCCCCUCCAUCUGCAACUCCAUCCGUACAUCCAUACGUACCCCCAUCAGUAUCUCCAUCCAUGCAUCAGUCUGUACCUCCAUCUGUACUUCAGUCGGUACCGCCAUCUGUAUAUCAAUCUGUACCUCCAUCCGAACUUCAGUCUGUACCAGCAUCCGAAUAUCAGUCCGUACCUCCGUCUGCACCUCACUCCGCACUUCCAUCUGUACAUCAGUCUGCACCUCCCUCUGCACCUCCCUCUGCACCUCACUCCGCACCUCACUCCGCACGUCCGUCUAUACCUGCACCUGUGGAAGGAGCUCUGCACACACCAUCACCAAAAUCAUCAUUGACAAAGCCCCCCAGUGAAGCUUCAAAACGAGGAUCGACGGCAGAAGGUGGCGCUAGCACAGAGUCAAAGAAAGCAAGUUCGGGUGCAGGAAGCCAAGCUGGAGGAAGCCAAGCUGGAGGAAGCCAAGCUGGAGGAAGCGAAGCUGGAGGAAGCGAAGCUGGCGGAAGUGAAGGUGGAGGCAGCGCAACUGAAGGGGGAGGAAGUGCAACGGAAGAAGAUUGACCUUUGUUCACUUGUAAAAAAUGUUAUAUUAUCUGUAGAGCUCUGUACAAAGUUCUGUUGUCAUUAUUACUAUAAUCAUAAUACUAUUAUGAUUAGGGGUGUGCAAUUCGGAUUUUCGGGUGAUUCGGCUCGGACCCGAGCCGAAUCACCCCCGUUCUGUUUUGUGCCCGAAUCUGGGUCACCCGAAUCACCCUUGAUUCGGUUCGGAUUCGGAUUUCAUCCGAAUCCGAAUCCAAAUCGAUUCGGGGGGGUAAAAAGGGGCCCAGGGGCAAAAUUUUGGGGUGGGGUGGUAGUGCCCAAUGGGUAGAGUCUACCACCCCAAUUUCAGGGGGAUUGGGUAAAGUCCUGAUUUUUUGUGAAUUUUUAAAGUUUUAGUGACUUUGUGGCAGUUCGGGGGCAUAGCAUGGGAUUUGGGCAAAAGGAGUGGGGUGGGGUGGUAGUGCCUAAUGGGUGCAGGCUACCACCCCAAUUUCAGGGGGAUUGGGCAAAGGGCUGAUUUUUGGUAAAUUUCUGAAAUUUUCAUGUCUUUGGGGCAGAUUGGGGCAUAUUGGGGCAGAAAGUGGGGCCUGGGGCAGAAUAGUGGGGUGGGGUGGUAGUGCCUAAUGGGUGCAGGCUACCACCCCAAUUUCAGGGGGUUUGGACAAAGGGGUGAUUUUUUGAAAAAAUUUUAAGUUUUGGUGACUUUGGGGCAGUUUGGGGGCAGAAAGUGGAUCUGCCCCAAAAGAGUGGGGUGGGGUGGUAGUGCCUAAUGGGUGGAGGCUACCAUACCAAUUUCAGGGGGAUUGGGCAGAAGGCUGAUUUUUUGAGAAUUUUUGAAGUUUGGGUGUCUUUGGGGCAGAUUGGGGGCAGAAAGUGGAUCUGCCCCAAAGGAGUGGGGUGGGCUGGUAGAUAGUGCCUAAUGGGUGGAGGCUACCACCCAUCCCCAAUUUAAGAGUGAUUGGGCAGAGGGGGGAAUUUUGGUGAAUUUAUUUUUAUGAGGUUUGUCUUCAUAAGGAGAAGUGUGCUAAAUUGAUUACUUCCUCAUAUUAUUCAUAGUAAAGGAAAGUGUGAAAAAGUGAAAGUGGGGUCAUGAGAGUUGUUUAAUUGAAAAAAAUCUCAUUUGCUAUGAUAGAAUGAGAAUUCACACCUCAGAAAAAUUUAGCACACUUCUCCGCCAUUGAAUACCUGUGUGCUCUGCACAUGGGCUGCCGGGGGACGCUCAGGAUGGGUGCUGAGGGGAGAGGCCUUGCUCAACCACCAUUUGCUGCCUUUUGAAGGUCCAGUGUGGAUACGCCCACCUAACUUUUGAAAGGCUUUGGUAUAUGGGCUUAAGGAGAGGAGGCUGCUUGCUGGCAGCAGUUUCUCAUUGCCCAGCCCCCUUGCCAGUCUUGAAAGGUGGCCAAGGUAAUGAGAAAAGACUACCAGCCAGGAAACAGUCUCCUCAACCUGUGCCCCUUUAAAUGCUGUGGAGGGUGUGAGGCAGUCGCAGCUUGCCUCAGGUGUGUCAUGGGCGUGCUGUCAGACUCUGAGGAGGAGGAGGAGGAGGCAGGCAGUGUGACAGUGGAGGAGGGAGUGCAGCUACAUCAAAGGCAAGAAGUUGCAGAAGCAAGCAGGACCGACUCACGGGACAUUGAAAAUGAAACAGAGCCUAGUACAACAGCUCCUGUGGAGGAGGCGCAGCCAGUCUCAGCUGUAGAGAGGCAUCAGUUGAAGAGACAGGAGGAGAUGAGAUGCACGUGCAGAACGGCUCGACUAACAAGGAAAGCUGCUGACUCAGGGACCCAUGAUUGAGAGCACAUGGCUUCAGCCUAUUUAAGAUGGCUUCGCCACAACCACAUUGCUGGUACCAACGUUGUACUUUGGUGAGCUACUCAGCUGUGUCCCUGCUUGUUUGACUGUACUUUUGACUCCGGACUGUUUGGACUCUGUUUGUGGAAUUCGACUUGGACUUGGUUUGACUGACUGGAUAUUGUAACAACUCAGACUGGCUGUGGUUUGGACAUUGCUUACUGUUUGACUCUGACAGGAAACAGUCUCCUCAACCUGUGCCCCAUUAAAUGCUGUGGAGAGUGCAAGGCAGUCACAGCUUGCCUCAGGUGAGCAAGAACCUGGGGCUGUUCCUACUUGGCAGGGAGAAAGUCCAGGAGGAGUAAGCUGAGUUUAGAACAGGGAUGCUCAACUCUGGCCCUGCUGCAGAUGUUGGCCUACAAUUCCCAUAAUCCCUGUCUGUUGGCCACAAUGUCUGGGGAUUAUGGGAGUUGUCGAAAAACAUCUGGGGGGCCUAAGUUGAGCAGGCCUAGCUUAGAGGUAUUAAGUGUUCACAACACCUCUGACCACUAGUAGAGUAAUUUGUCCCUCAGAGUUAUCCCAUAGCGCCAUGCCUUGACUUGCCCUGCUGCCACAGGAUCAAAAGGAGAGCCUCGCUCACGCUAAACAUGAAACAUGCUUUCUCGUGCUACUUGUAUAGGGCUUCAUCAUGCCAAGUCAGUAAUAGACUGUCUGUUACCAGGGCUUUGUUUCUUCCCAGUUUCUGGCCCGCUGAGUGACUAACUUUAGCAUAACAACUGGCUAAGAAAACAUCACCAGAGUGGUCUCUCAUCCUCUGUGACUAAUUUGAGAGGCCUCCUUUUUUCUGAGCUAGACAAACUAGACUAGCCAGCUAUUUGGUCAACACCCUCAGCGUUUAUUGAGCGCUAUGAUUUGGGGAACAGGGUCAGAGCAGAUGCCCAAUAUGGCUUCUCUGUCUUACAAAAUAUAUUCUCCUAACCUAAUUAGUAACCUACCUUCAGGUGCAGUAAGCUUGCUAGGCUCCUAUAUGCACAGAGACUAUGAAGAAAAACAGGUUGCUUUACGAGCUUCAAAUGUCCAUCUGUGUAGACACACAACUCAUCUGUCCUCCCACUCUGCAGUGACAGGGAAACAGAGCCAUGUUGCAGGGAUACAGUACUUGCAAAUCUAUUAAUGGAGCAACUAACAAACCUGGAGAUACAGCAAAGCUAGAUGAUAUACCUAGAACAAAUGGUUUCUCUUAAACCACCUAGCUGCAUAUGGAAAAAUAUUUUUUUGAAUAUUUCUAGUUAGGGUUGCCAAAUUUCUUUUUAGUAGGGCCUCUCUGAAGCCACCUAAUGGCGCAGCAGAGAAAUAACUUGCCUAGCGAGCAAGAGGUUGCUGUUUCGAAUCCCUGCUGGUGUGUUUCCCACCUAUAUUGGGCAGCAGUGAUAUAGGAAGGUGUUGAAAGGCAUCAUCUCAUACAGUGCGGGAGGAGGCAAUGGUAAACCCCUCCUGUAUUCUAUCAAAGAAAACCACAGGGCUCUGUAGUCACCAGGAGUCGACACCGGCUCAACUGCACAACUUUACCCUUAGGGCUGUUUUGCUUUAGAUAUUUGCAUGACAGCUACAAAUCUGACAGGCACAGCUGCUCUUGUGGCCAGAUUUCCAUGCCACAACAUUUGCAUAAUUUAGACUCCUGCCUAUCCUACAAACUCUUCAAGACACAGGACCCUCAAGGUUGAGGGGAGAGAAUGACAGACCCUAGUGCAUAGUGAGUUUCACUUAUUAAUUUAAAAGUGCUUUGUCCUUUUUUGUUAUUAUUUAUUGAAGAAUUGUAGUAAACCAAUCAAACAGCACAACACAAGUUGUGCAUAUUAUAGUCACUAGCCUCAAAAAGGAAAAAAAGGAGCUAAACAUAAAUAAAUACUUUAACAAUAAGAAGAAAAACAGCUCUCCCAUGAACCAAACAUUGAUUGUGUGAGUAUGUACUCUUAGAACCCAAAUAAGUCCAUAGUUCUGGAAAUUUGAACGAUUUGUCCAUCUUCCUGAAGGUGACUUCCUCUCUAGCUGCAAGCUCCACCACAUCUGUCAACCAGUCAUCCAGUUGUGGUCCAAGGUUGCAGAAUUAGUCCCUUUGGGCUACUGAUAAAUCUGUAAUCUGAGAGAUUAAACCUAGCACAAUUGCAAUUUUUGAAGAUUUAAAGGGAACAGUUGAAGCUAAGUUCAUUCACUCAACUAUCUCAUUCCAAUAUAGGUGUACAGUGAUAUAUUCCCCCAAAAGGUGAAGUCAAUGUGUCCUGGAACACUGCAUACUCCAAAAGGUAAAGUGGUGCUGCCUAGACAGUGUUGACUCGGCUUUACACACAUGGCUUUUGGUUCGAAUCUCCUUCGGGAUGAAGAGUGUGAGUUCACAUAUCAGCUGCCAUUACUUCGAAGUCCCUUCGGGCUAUCAGGGACCUUUACCAACAGAACUCUGUUUUUCCCCAAAUUGAGGCUGCACAUUUUGGCUUAGCCCAAUUUAUGUCUGACUUAAAAUAGUCCUCUAUUUUCAGUGGCUUUUGAAAAAAGCCUGUUAUGCCCCACCACUUUCCUUUGAUGUGUGGAGUGGCAUUUUCCAAAACUUGGCAUUUUUCAAAACUCAGUAAAACAGAGUUUGACAGCUGUUGAGUAUGGCCUGCUCUGAGUAUUUGCAAUUGCAAGCACUUGGGGGGUGGUUUUUUUUAGCAGAUUGGUUAAAUUCUGUGGAGGGAGUCCAGGAGAUGGGGAGGGAGAAAUUCUUGUAGAAAAAUCCAGAACCAGCUGGUGGGAACACACAGGAAAAAGAUUUCUUGGGACCACAGAGCCAUGUGGUUUUCUUUGGUAAAAUACAGGAGUGGUUUACCAUUGCCAUCUCUCCUGCAGUAUGAGAUUAUACAUUUUCCUAUAUCGCUGCUGCCUGAUAUUGGUGUUUCCCGUAGUCUGGGAAACAUAUCAGCAGGGAUUCAAACCAGCAACCUCUUGCUCCCUAGGCAAGGUACUUCCCUGCUGUUCCAUCAUCAUCAUCAUCAUUAUCAUCAUCAUCAUCAUCAUCAUCAUCAUUAUUAUUAUUAUUAACAUUUUAUAUCCCGCUCUUCCUUCAAGGAGCCCAGAGCAGUGUACUACAUACUUAAGUUUCUCCUCACAACAACCCUGUGAAGUAGGUUAGGCUGAGAGAGAAGUGACUGGCCCAGAGUCACCCAGCUAGUAUCAUGGCUGAAUGGGGAUUUGAACUCGGGUCUCCCCAGUCCUCUAACCAUUACACCACGCUGGCUCUCCAAAAGGUUGUGAUCCCCAAUCUAAAAAAUCUGUCCAGGGUCCAAUAAGAAUAUAAUGCUAGUUGUUUCUUCUUCUUCUUCUUCUUCUUCUUCUCCUCCUCCGCCUCCUCCUCCGCCUCCUCCUCCUCCUCAACUGGAGUUGAAUUAUCAAGAGAGGACUUCAGGAUAUUCACUACAACCGCUUUCCAAUGGACCAGAAAGAUUUCCUGGACUGAAUUCCUAUUCCAAUCAUUCUUUCUUCAAAACAUCAAGAUUGGUUGCUCUUAGAACACUGCAUAAAAAUUUUUGAGCCAUUGCCAACUUAGAGACUGAUUUCCGAAAAGCUAGAAUUUCAGGAUGCUCUGAGGCUCCAAGGGCAUGAGGACUGAGCCAAACUGCUAUACUGUGAUACAACUGUAGGUAUUGCCAGGGUGCUAGUUGUUUUAAACCAUAUUCUUCUUUUAACUGCAAAUGAUUUAAAUUCCAGUGAAGGACAUCUUAGUUGAGGUAAGAUAAAUAGCCCCUUCUCAGUCCAUUAUUUCCAUAAGAAUUAUUGUUUGGCUAUCUUUAUUUGGGGAUCACUGCACAAUGUUAGUGAGUCAUGUGAGUAAAGAUUCAGAGGUGCAUUAAAAGGAGAUUCCCAUGCACUGCAUGUUGCCACAGUUGUAAGGGGGAAAUCUCUUGGGAUAUUUCAAAAACUUAGAAUUUAGGGCCAGAUCUUUUCUAAGAGGUGCUAAAUAUUGCAUCUCAAGGUAUGCCUAGACAGGCAUCUAUAUAUUUAUUUCUCCUAGGCGUACCCUGUGCUAAUCCCAUGUGUGGCAGCUCUCGCAAGAGUUCGCAAGCAGCUGCCGGACUAGCAAUGGGGACGGGAGAAAAUGGCUGCCGGGAUGAGGAGGCAGCAGGCAGGAGGAGGGGAUGGGCUGGCUUGAAAGCAAGAGAGAAACCAUGGCUGGGUGGGAGGGAGAAGUGGGCCGGCAGAGACGCAGAUGCUCUGUGCCCAGCCCAGCUAAUAGCGUUUAUAGUUUUAUCCAACUUCCAAUUAUUUCAGUCCAAAAAGGCAUUAUGUUAAUACCUGCACUGUGGUAGGUUAACGCCUCCCUUUUUGAGGGGAAGGUGGAGCUUUUGCAGUGUGAAGGCAAGCAUAUGAAGGUAAGAAACAUCUUCUCAAUUUUCAUAAAAUAAGUUUGUGGUCCCUUCAGCGGUAAGCCAAGCAAAACACAAAUCAUUCUAGAUAUUACAUUAGAUUUGAGUGCAUUAAUUUUGCCCUGUAAAGUGUAAUUUGCCCUGGUGUUAUACAUUGAUCUCAAUUUUAUUAAGAAGGGGGUCUAAAUUUAAUGAGAUCGCUUGACAUUUUACUUAUUUAUUUACAUCUAUGUAAACCACUUUGGAAACUUCUGUUGAAAAGCAGUAUAUAAAUAGUAAUGCUCAUUCAUUCAUUCAUUCACUCACUCACUCAUUCAGUCUUUGGAAUUAGUAACACUCAAGUAUGUAAACUGAUAUUUCUGUCAAUGGACACCCAACAUAAUUAAAGAAAUAUCUUUUGGCAAGGACCCAAAUUGUUGGAAGUGAAGGACUCUGUGCUACCUAAUGCCUCAAUGACAGAGGGGGACAGACUAGUGAGUCAGAGGGCUACAGGGAUCAAAACAUUGGUCAUUCCUCCUCUCUACUGCUCUGACACUAUGCCUUUAAUUUGCUACUCUCAGGGACUUCCUGCCUCCCCUCCUUCCUACCUUCCUUUCUUCCCUCUAUCACCCACAGGCUUGCCUCUCUCUCUGCACCAUGUGUGCAGAGAUGCAGACAGCAUCUCUCUGCAUCCAGCUAGCUAGCUAGAUUAGAGAUACUAUCUCUCCACUUUCCUAUCUAGAAUGGAGUUCUCCAAUAAAGACUCAUUGAUUUGAAACUAUGAACUAGCUCCAAAUAAUUUCUUUUGCUCUCAGCAUACACGCAUGCCUAGGCAGACUCCGCUGUGUUUUGCCUCUGUGCACGCUGCUGUAAUAGAAGGGUGUCUCUUACCAGAAAGACAUUCCCUACACAAAUAUAGUGCAUCAGAUUUUGACCAAUUAAUUUUUCAUCCUGAAAGAGAAGCAUAUUUAGCAAUCAGUUUCAUCAAGGGAAGGGCAGAGUUAGCUAGGUCCGAAAGUGAUAUUCAUUCAUUCAUUCAUUUGAUGAAUGAAUAUCAUCUGUAUAUAAAACCACUUUAAGCUCAUCCUACAGCUUUGAUCUUCUUUAGUGGAAGCAGAAUGUUUUCUACUAUGAUUUCUGCAGCACUUAGAUUUUAGAGUACCCCAUGUGCUAGAUUGUUUCAUUUGUGCUCCCAUUGCCUUAUGACAAAUGUUUCUCAAUUUAAGACUUGAGGAAAGGCUGACUAACUGGGAUGUCCAACUUGGAAGGGGGAAAAGUAGCAGUGAGCACAAGAUACUGUACAAGCUCAACUAUAUAGGGCCGGACUGGGGGCACUGAGAGGCAGUGGAAAGUAUGUGGGGAGGGUGCCAGGUUUUGAGCAGAAUGGGUAGGUUUCACCAUACCUUUUGGGUUUCAUUUAAUAAUUAUUUUUUUCUGUUAACUUUUGAUAUCUGACCUCUGUUUUCUGUUACUUAUAGGUUACUAUAAAUACUUCAAAUGAAAUAUCACUUGUAACUAUUAAGAAAGCACAAUUCUAUACUAAUAAAUUAGUUUGGAUAUA